AAGAGUUGGUAGUGACAUUGUGGAUUAUCUUACCCUAAGAGGAAUAAAUGAGGAAAUAUUCUCUAUUGGUGCUACUAUGCCUCCUAUUUGUCAAUGGAAAAGGGACCAUUUUCGACGAAAUAAAUCGUAUGUACCUUAAACAAGGAAUUCCAUUCAGAGAAAAUGUUUUCCUUGAUAACCUACCAAUAUUCCCUGAAUAUGACUUUAUAAUAGUUGGAUCAGGUCCUGCUGGCUCAGCUAUAGCUAACAGGCUUUCAGAAAUUCCUGAGUGGAAGGUUCUACUCCUGGAAGCUGGUCUUGAGGGUAAUAUAUAUAAUGAUAUCCCUUUGUUCAACGAGUAUACUCUACUUGGAAACUUUUCAAUUAAUUAUGAUGUUGUAAAGGAAGACAAUGCUUGUUUAGGUCUCGUUGAUAAAAUAUGCCAUUGGCCUUCUGGAAAUGGUGUUGGUGGAGCCACUCUAAUUAAUGGAAUGAUAUUUACCAGAGGUCAUCCCUCAGACUUUGACAGGUGGGGGCUUGAAGGGAAUCCUGGAUGGUCAUAUGAAGAAGUUUUACCUUACUUUUUAAAACUUGAAAACAUGUCAAUACCAAAAUUGGCUGGAUCAAAAUAUCAUUCAACCAAUGGCCCUGUACACAUACAAUAUCCUUUCCAGACUAGACUGGGGAAAAUGUUCCUGGAAGCCGGGAAGGAAAUGGGUUAUGAUACCAUUGAUUACAACAAUCCAAAAACUAUGAUAGGGUUGUCAACAACCCAGACAACCAUGAGAGGUGUUAGAAGAGAAAGUGCUGCUUCCGCUUAUCUGCUACCAAUAAAAACAAGGCCUAAUUUACACAUUGUCAAAAAUGCUUAUGUUACAAACUUGCUUCUAAAUUCAAACUCAAAGAAAGUUUAUGGAGUGAAAUUUAUAAAAGAUUCAAAAAAGAGAACAGUUCGAGCCAAAAAUGAGGUCAUCUUAUCGGCUGGAACUUUUGGUUCACCAAAGAUAUUGAUGCUUUCUGGGAUUGGUCCUGCAGAUCAUUUACAGAAUAUAGGAAUUCCAUUAGUGGCUGAUCUUCCAGUUGGAUACAAUUUGCAAGAACAUCUUGGAACAGCUGUUUCAUUCCUUAUAAAUACAACAGAUAGUAUUACGAUACCUAAGCUGCUAAGAGGGGCUCCGAAUAGUUUUAUCCAGUGGUUGAGGGGAGAUAAAGGGAUAUUUUCUUGUAACAUAGCUGAAGCUCUGGGAUAUGUGCAGACAAAAUAUGCUAAAGAUGACAAGCCAGAUAUAGAGCUAUUAUUUUUGGCAACAACACCGGCUGCUGAUGGUGGUGCUUUUUGGCCAAAAACUAGAAACAUCAGUAAAGAUGUUUAUGAAAAAACCUGGAAACCAAUUUUUUUUAAAGAAGGAUUCACUAUAGCUCAGAUGAUGAUGUAUCCCAGGAGUAGAGGAAACGUGAAGCUUAAAAGUAAAAACCCAUUAGAUCCUAUAGUAAUCGAUAGCAAUUUUUUAUCUCACCCUGAUGAUGUUGCUAUACUAAGAGAAGGUGCUAAGAUUGCCAUGGAGUUUGGCAAAACAAAGAUUUUUAAGAGCAUAGGGGCAGAAUUUUUUUCACAGCCUAUACAUGGCUGUGAGCAGUAUGAAUUUGGUUCUGAUGAAUAUUGGGAGUGUGGUAUACGAAGUAUUACUAUACAGUGGCAUCACCAGUGUGGUACAUGUCGAAUGGGAGUUGAUCCUGAAUGGUCUGUAGUUGACUCAAGACUGAAAGUCCAUGGUAUAACAGGUCUGAGAGUUGCAGAUGCUUCAAUAAUGCCCAACAUUCCAGGAACUCAUACCAUGGCACCAAGUUAUAUGAUUGGAGAAAAAGCAGCAGAUUUGAUCAAGGAAGACUGGGAUGUUCUCAAGUGAAAAUUUAAAUUACUGAAACAUAAAAUGUUGAAAAAAGAAAAAUUGAUUAUUCUUGCAAUGGUAUGAGAAUACGUUGUUCAUCUUUAUUUUUUUGGAAUUCGGAUAAUGAGUAUUACUGAAAUAAGGUAGAGUUGUUUUCCUUUAAGAAUAUUUUAGAAACUCACCAUUUAGUGUAUUAUAAUAAUGCAUUAAAAAAACAAACAAAAAAAAAAACAUUCAUAUAAUAUUGUAUUUCAAUCUUAAAAAAAGAGAGUAAAUAAUAUCUGCUUUUAUGAAUUCUAUUUUUAACUCAUGAAUGGUAUUCUGUUGAAUAGUAAGUCCUACCUCAUUGUGUGUGUUUGUAAAUUUUAAUUAUUGAACUAAUUAUUAAUUUGUUUUCUAGUAAAGGCGUUAAUAAUGAGAUUACUUACAAUUAGAUAAUUUUAGAGAUGGUCUUUAAUUUUCAAUGUAAAUUUAUAUCUAAUCAUAAGGUAUCAAGAAUAAGUGUUAACUUUACCUAAGGUCAAGAAGUGAGAAGAAAAUAAGAAACAAAAAUAAUGGUUGUUUUUCUUUUGGAAAUAAUAGAAAUCAUUCAUCCCUGACUCCCUGCUCCAUUUUUGUCUUUGCCUUUUGUUGCAUUUUAAAACUUCAUAUUUUUUUUAACUUGUACCACACCAUUCUGCACAUCAGAAAUAACCUGCAAAUUUUAUAUGCAUAUCUUAGUCUAUAUAUCUCAAUCACUAGAAAACCAUAAUUUUAGUUCUGAAAAAGCUUAGAUUCUCUUUCAAAUUUCAUUCUCCUAUUACAUUCUGAAAUAAUUUAGGAAAGCUGCAAGAUACUUAAAAUAAUUAGCUUAUUUAAAAUGGCCCUCUUAAAUAAUU